AUGGAUCUCAAGAUCCUCAGCACCACCGUCAACGACAUCUUUCUCCAUCCUCAGGUGCGAUCCGAGAACGAGACCCCCGAAGAGCAGGAAGCCGCCACCGUGCAAAUCAUUAUCCAGCUCAGCAUCCCUGCAAAGACGACACCACCAUCCAAGCUGCUCAAUCUUACCGCCAGCUUAAUCGGCUAUGAAUCGAUUGGCUUUCCCAAAGGCGGCUUCGAGCAGAACCAGCCCUACUACAACAAAAAGACGAUCGACUCAGCCACCGAUCUCAAGCUGGAAGCAGGAUCUAUCUAUCAAUUCGAGGUGUCUUUCCGCGUCGACAACAGCACCGCCCCUUAUCAACGAUGCAAAUACGGCAGGCACCAUCAGAAGGUGCAGGUCAAAGCCACCUUCCCCGGACUGAUCGGAAAGAAGACGCUGUUGGCAGAGAAGAACCUCUUCUUCGUCGCAACCGUAGCCUCACAAGGCUUUCUGCCAUACUACCAUGUCCACCGAGCAGCAGAAGAAGGACUCGGUCCCAUCUUCCUGGGUCUGCGAACACAACAUUUGACCGUGGGAGGCUACCUCCGGCUCACGUUUUCGCUCGAUAGCCCCAGCCCUACGUUGCAGCUGCAUUCCCUCAAGCUGGCUUUACUACAGCAGACAACGCUCAAGUCCCGCGUACGCCGCAACUACGUCGAGUAUGCGCCUUCCGAACGAUUCGUCUUUUUCGAAGCGGGAUCGGCAGAGUUAAGAAAAUGCCUCGAAAAUGGCCCUGGUGGCGAGGAGGGUCUUGAUGGUCUCCUUGCUCUCGCCAAGGAACAGCAACAACAAAAGGGCGGAUCGACCAAUGUGGCCUCUGACUCUUCAUCAGCUCGACCCACGGACUACUCGUCUCUUGGUCAAUGCAACUGGGUGGCGCGCAUACCCAACGAUUCGGAAGCGCGAGCCUCCACUCUACCUGGUAGCGACUCGGCGAUUCAAAUGGCACACGCGCUGGAGCUCAGCAUCCAGUACUCCGACCCUUCGCUUGGCGACUCUGAUGUGCGGACCUAUCGCACCAACUGGGGUCUCAUCCUGCCAGCAUGUGCGUGUCGGUGGCAAACCAUGCGUUUGCCCUCGUACACACCGGAAGACGCCAAUCCAGUGCCCAACAUCUCGCGCGACUACUGGGCAGGACGCAACGAGCACGAGUCGUUCACCCAGUGCGUCUGCGGCGAGGAUCUCGAACACCUUCUCGAGAUGGAGCAGCAAGCAGCGUCCGAGAGCGAGGUGCAGGCAUCCUCCGCUAUUUGGCGUGACAUGCUCAGUCAUCGUCUGCAACAGCGGAUGCUUCGCAAUGGCACGGGUGCCCGCAGUGCCUCGUCCUCACCAGCCCUAUCACGGAUGGCAUCCCGGCGUGGAAGCAGUGAGGACCUCACCUCGCCACCCGUCGCAGGCACAUCGUCGUCCGGGAGAGAACGAGGACGGCAAAACCGACAAGCACCCUCGCGCAGCAACUCGGGCACCGCCGACGACGGUGUCCGCUUCGGCCUCAUGGAAGCGGAAGACGAGAUCGAGUUCGAGAUGCAAGCGCGCGAAGUGCUGCGCGAUCUCGACCUGGGCGAGCAGGAGUACCAGCGCGAAUGGGAUCGGCUCAACGAGAUGCGGCAGAGGCGGAACAAGGCGAGAAACGAGUACACGUCGGUAUCGAGGGAGAGGGAGAGGGAGGAAGGCGAGAGGCGAGCACGGUCGCAAUCGGCACAUCCGGCGUUGCGGUUGUUUCAGAAAAGAUCGGCGAGCAGCAACAACAGUCGGCAUAACAGCAGACCGCCGAGCCCGCAGACGCCGACAACAGAGUCGAUUGCCGAGUCAGCGAGCGAGAUGCGGUUGGACGAGAAGCGUUAA